CAAUCAUGCUUCUGCCACUCACAACACCACAACUUUCUAUUCUUUUAUUGAGGUGCCCACAUAGAUGAUAAACUAAUACAGCUUCUCCUUGAUUCAAUUUGGCCACAACCGCCACGAUGUGGCGCGAUCGCACCAAUCUCUACAUUUCCUACCGUCAAUCGUACGCCCAUCACCCAGCCAAGAAAACAAAAUACUCCUCAAGCAAUGGCUACAGUUCUUCUAUCCCCUCGGGCUCCUCGGAGCGACAAGGCCUCAUAUCCGCCGGCGCAUUCGAGGAUGAUGGUGACGCAGUAAUAGAGAUGGACCUCCUCCCCCCGCGAUGGGCAGAUAUAUCCGACGAAGUGACCGAAUACCUUACAGACAUUGCAUCCAAGAGCGUGAAGCUGGAAAAGUUACACCAGAAACAUGUACUGCCUGGAUUCGACGAUGAGGAAGUCAAAAGGAAUGAGGAAGGGGAGAUAGAGCGCCUGACCCAGGAUAUCACACGUGGAUUCCAUGAUUGCCAGAAAGCUAUUCAGAGAGUCGAACAGAUGGUUAGAGAAAAUAAACAGCAGGGAGGAAUCAGUAAAGGCGAAGAAACUAUGGCAAGAAAUAUACAGAUAUCACUUGCAGGAAGAGUACAAGAAGCCAGCGCAGGAUUCAGGAAAAAGCAGAGCGCAUACCUGAAGAAACUCCGCGGCCUCUCCGGCAUGAACCCAUCCAUAGAGCGCAGUUCCACACCCUCAUAUACACCAUACACCGACCCCUCCAUCAUGGAAUCCGACGCCGACAAAUCCUACUCCCAAUCCACCCUCCAACAAACGUCCCAAAAACAACUAACUUCGAACGACGCCGCCAUCAUGCAGCGCGAGCGCGAAAUCACCGACAUCGCCCAAGGCAUCAUCGAACUAGCCGACAUCUUCAAAGAACUCCAAACCAUGAUUAUCGACCAAGGAACCAUGCUCGAUCGUAUCGACUACAACGUCGAGCGAAUGGCUGUGGAUAUCAAAGCUGCGGAUAAGGAGCUGAAUGUUGCGAGUGGGUACCAGAAGAAGGGGACGAAGAGGAGGAUUAUCUUCUUAUUGAUAUUACUUGUGGUGGGAAUGUUUAUUCUGUUGAUGAUUAAGCCGAAGAGGCAUAGUGGAGGCUCGAAACCAGAGCCGGGUCUGGGGCCGGCGGAGGAGAAUGUUCCUCCUUGAAUGCACGAGAUACCCUAUCAAGCAAGCAAACUGUCUUUGGGACUGAGCGCGUGACAGUGACGACAUGGAGCUGAGGAAAUUCACCUUACGAGACUGAAAUUAUCUCGUAUGGAACAUGUCACAAGCCUCGUGGCUCAUUCCCACACUUUCACACAACUCGCCAGUGUUUCCCUGUAAAACACCGGUUGCCUCCAGCCAGCCACCACAAACUCGUAGACUUGCUCCCGAGAUACAGAAAAAGGAGAAGCAAGUCAAGCUCCACCUGCUCCAACUCUCUACAAGUCAUAUAUCUUCACAAAACUUCUACCCUCCUUUCCACUCUAUUUCUCCCACCGGCAUCACAUGACACUCAUGUUUCCACGCUCUCUCUGCCAAUCUGGACUGAAGGUAUGAAGUUGGAUGGAUGACAACACUUGAUUUAAUGACAACAUCUCAUCUCGUCGGAAGUUCCUCGCCCUCGAACACGUACUGUUACCUGUUAUCUUGUUCCUCCCUUCAAAAUGCAAUUAUUCUCCGGAAAGAAAACUAGUAGGCGGAAGAAACAGAACACAGUCUUAUUAGUGCUGCUAUCUAGAGCUGACCGCUGAACAUUCGUGGAUCCAGACUCGUCCAGGUACACACUUCGUGUAGGAAAGGUGGGAUUUCUGAUUCUGUAAGACGGGCAGGAAGGAGCUUGUUUAUAUACACUUUUACUUUUCAGAGGGAGCACUGAAGAUAAGACUAGUGGGGUUGGGUGCUAGUCAAUGGCUACGGUAAGGAAGGAUAUUGUUGUUGGUAUUCACUCUAUAAACCUCAUUCUUCUCCAUGUUAAUAAAACCUGAGAGUUGCCUGGGAGCGAAAUGAAAGUCCUGAAUUGGGAGGCGCUAAAUAGAGGAGAUUUGCUCCUGUUCUCACGUACGUUGGCUAUAAAUAACAUAUCUAAACUGAAUAUCUCAUCCAGAG